GCAUACGUCAUGCCCAAAUACAGUUUGUGAAAAGCCCAGAAAGAAAACAAUAUGUUUCGACUCUUUGGCCUUCUGAUCUCACUCAUAGUCCUUACUUUUGUCCUGGGAAUCAGUUGUCUGGAGAAGGUCACCCUGGCCAAGCUGAAAAAGUUCGUGAACUGCGAGUCUAAGGCUUUCAAGUCCAGCCAUGCGAUCUACAAGGAUUACUGGGUGCUGGAGAACUAUGUGAUGGCGGAACACGGCGAUAUUCCGUGCUAUUCGAAUGUGACCUACACCACCCAUGCAGACUAUACGUAUCUGGAUAAUGUGGUGCCCCUUCUGGAACGCUGGCGAUCGCCCCUCAGCCUGGCCAUAUAUGCUCCUGGCACGGACUUCGAGCCCACUAUACAGAGCAUUCUUUACCUGCUUCAGUGCCAUCCUGGCCACGACCUGGUUCGCCAGCUGUGCAGCAUUCAUUUGUACUUCGACGUGGAGCACUUGCCCCAGGUGGUGCUGCCACCCGAAACGGCUCUAAAGGAGCCAGUCAACUGUAAUGGACCACCGCCGUAUGAGAAUGUCUUUAAAGGGAACAUGUACAGGGCUCGAAACACACUGGAUUAUCCCGUCAAUAUGGGACGCAACAUCGCACGCCGGGCUUCGCUGACGCACUACGUCCUGGCCUCGGACAUCGAGCUUUAUCCCACGCCCGGAUUGGUGCCCGACUAUUUGCAUUUCCUUGGCCGCAAAGUGAUUGGAAUUCCAGGACAGCAGCCCACUUCGCCGUUGGUCCAUGUGCUGCGGAUCUUCGAGGUGAUGUCCAAUGUAUCUGUACCGAACACCAAGCCGCAGUUGCAAGAGAUGUUGAAGUCGGGCGAAGCAGUGCCAUUUCACAUGGACAUCUGUGAGGCGUGCCAUAGGGGACCCAACCUGGAGGAGUGGAUAAAUGCGAGCGUCGUCUCCCAGGAACUGAAUGUCUUCAAUGUUGGCCACCGCUCGGAAAAUAACAACAAUUGGGAGCCAAUAUUUCUGGGCACCGUCGAGGAUCCACCCUACGAUGAGCGAUUAACGUGGGAGGGUCAGCGGGACAAGAUGACCCAGGCGUAUGCCAUGUGCGUUCUGGACUACGAGUUCCAUAUCCUGGACAACGCCUUCCUGGUCCAUAAGCCCGGCAUCAAACAGCCCGGCAAUCGUAAGGAGACCUUCCCUCAAGCACGCCGAACCAAUGGGCUGAUCAAUAAAAAGAUCUCCAGGGAGAUGCGGAUGAUGUACGGUUCUCGAAGUGGAUGUACUAUUUAGAUGUAGUCCUGCUAUAAGAAAGUGCUAUUUCAAAUUCAAUGUUUUCUAAAAUGUGUGCCUACAAUGUAGGGAAAUACAAAUUGUAAUAAGUAUA